AUGCCCGCCGUAACCAAAAAACUCGCAAACAUCUUCUCUUCACCUUCUGCUUCACCUCGUCUCAAUCCCGCCACACCCACCACUCCAGUACCACCAUCAACACCUGAACAAUCUGCGGCAACAACUCAAGUCACCAGAGGCGGAAUGCCCUCCUCAUGUCAGCUCUUCGACCUUUUCAAGCUCAUGGCAGGAGGAAACAGUGACCUCGGUCUCGCCGGCGGUGAAGCGGAUAGCGAAGAAGAUGAAGACAGUAGUAGUUCUGACAUGUCCAACACAUCCACCGCGGCUGAGCUACCUACGGAAGUCACACAGGACAAGGACGGGCUGCAGAAGUGGAUAGAUGAAACACUAAACGAGACGGAGAGGGAAAGAACCAUGUCUCUAUCCAAUUUGGCAUCGAUGAGCCUACCGAAAUGUCAUAAACAUCGACCUGCUCUACCAAAAGUCGAUGACGUAGAGCCUUCACCCGAGCUGGCCGAAGAUUUUCCAUCGGUCGAUAACCUUUCUAUAGCCUCUGAAUCCGCCGCUGUUGGGGUAUCAGAUAUCUCGGACGAGGAGAAGCUUCUCGCUAUCAAGGAAGAAUUCGGCGAUAUAGCAGGAUUAAUGGAAGGAGGUGAAGCAGAACGUAUGCUAGCAGAUACCAAAGGCUCUUUGUUCAAGGGUGUGAUGAUGAUUGGCAAUUUCCAUCUCACCACACACAGACUCCUAUUCCAUGCGAUCAUACCACCCGAUUCUUUAGAUCCGACACCUACACCCAGCGGGCCAGAUGUCAUAUGUGCAGGUCCUGUUACGAUACACAGACCUGGUUUACAGCAAGCGAAACGUGUAUGGAUGGAACUCACACCUGAGAUGGUCACGACGUAUCCCAGUGCCAAUGAGUCGGAUCGAGUCAGACCUAUACGGAGUGUACUAUCCAUCCAAUGGAGAAGAUCUUUUGACGGUGCUCUAUACAGAAGUGCGAAAGCGAGAUGGAGAUCAGCGAAUGGUCAAGAAGAAGCAUCCGAUGAAUGGUCGUACAUGCGCUGUUGCAUCCCGCUCGAUCGUACCACCAUCAAGGGAAUUAGUCCUUACCAUUCUUUCGCAACUCUUGUUGGCUUGGAGGCCAAUCUCGAACACACUCGUCAGGUUGACUCAUGUUCGCUCAGUGGGAAAGUGGUGCAGGGUGAUUUUACUAGAGAAGAGGAACCUGCCGUUCAGAAGGUCAGAACCCCGCCCGCUGAGAUGCUUAAACGAUCUUUCUCUUCUCCGCGAGCAUCCGAACACCGGUCCUCAUCUCCUGCGCGCAAGUACUUAUUUGCACCGACUGCCCAGACCAUGCCUGAGGAUAGCUCCCUCCCUCCGAGCUACGGGCAUAGAUUGGAGUUCAAUAUAGGAGUGCACAACGAACAAGCCUGGUUCACCAAAGCAUUGCAGACUGCUGUCCUCGCAGCUGCCCAGAGACGAUACAAAUCUGACGUACAGCUACCACCCGUCAUCUUCCAGAUAUCCGGUCAUGACGUGGUCGCCACAGAUGAGGAUCUUGAACAGACCUUGGAUUCAUCCAGGACUUCCUCUCAAUCAGGCGAAUCGAUCCACGACGAGGAGGAAUCUCGAGGCGAUGCGCUGCUGCAAGAAGCUCGCAAAGCGGAAAGAGCCAGCAUGGCAGCCAAGGUAUUUGGUCUGAAAGAGGAUGAAGGAGUGUGGAUCAAACGUUGCUAUGUAGCGACCAAUUUUGUUCCCGCACGAGGGCACAUCAUCCUAAAUCCCCAUUUCAUCUGCUUUUGGCGAAGGAAUACCGUAGGAUCCGACAUCAAGGUGACGGAUAUUAAAGGUGCUACACCUGCGCCUAGUUUACGGGUGGGCUUCGUUGGAAUGGCUCUGCACAUUCAUGGACAUCGUGACUUGCGUUUCGAAUUCUGGAAUAAGGAUUCGAGAGAUGAGGUCAUUACACACCUCAACGCUUUACUGGUCAAUGGCCCCCGGUCCACCACCGGUCUGAUCAACGAUCAAAAACCUCCUGCACCACAAUUCGACUCUAUGCCCAUCCCAAGAGCCGAAUCUCCUCUAUCUCUUGGUGCUGAGGAUGCUCAUCCAGCCGAUAUCCUGGCACCAAGCAGAGAGACUAUAUAUCACCCGAAAGCUUUGCCUGAUGAAGCCAUCACCUAUAUGCCGUUCCUGGCAAACAAGCCAGUAAUAGGGCAAAUACGACUGACACCAAGAACAUUCGUUUGUUUGACGAUUGGCUCUCGAGGUGAUGUCCAGCCUUACAUCGCGCUGGGGCUGCGACUGCUGAAAGAUGGACACAAGGUGGUCAUUGUGACCCAUCGAGCACAGGGUGAGUUGGCGGUGAAGCAAGCAAUAGCUGACGGCAAGAUGUUCUCGCCUGGCUUUUUUAAAGAAUCCCUCGGCGGGUUCCGAGAAUGGCUCGAUGAUUUACUCAUCGAAUCAUGGCAGGCUUGCCACGAUGCCGACGUACUCAUCGAGAGUCCUUCGACCAUGGCGGGUAUACACAUUGCUGAGGCGUUGAAAAUACCAUAUUUCCGAGCUUUCACCAUGCCCUGGACACGGACGUCUGCGUAUCCCCAUGCUUUCAUGGUUCCAGCGUUCGAAAUGGGCCCUAGUUUCAACUACUCGACAUACGUCUUAUUCGAUAAUAUCAUGUGGAAAGCUACGGCUGGACAGAUCAAUCGAUGGAGGAAGAAGUAUCUCAACCUCAAGUCGACAGAUAUGGCCGCAUUGUCGGUGACCAAAGUCCCAUUCUUAUAUAACUUCAGCUCGGCGGUUGUCCCAAAACCUCUUGACUGGCAUGAUGAUAUCAUCAUCACCGGUUAUUGGAAUUUGGAAGAUAGCGAUACCGACUGGUCCCCAUCGCCAGAGCUUGAUGCAUUCGUCAACAAAGCGAAGGAGGACGGCAAGGCGUUGGUGUAUAUCAGUAUAAUCAAAGCGGUGGAGAAGGCCGAUGUACGAGCGAUUAUAGCAAAAGGUUGGUCAUCGCGAGGAGGCGAUCCGGCCAAAGAAGGCGAAGAUAUUGCUUUCCCCGCAAGCUGCUUUGGCGUGGAUAAGAUUCCUCAUUCUUGGCUCUUCCCGAAAGUCCAAGCAGCUCUGCAUCAUGGAGGUGCGGGAACCGUCGGAGCAAGUUUGAGGGCUGGUAUACCCACUCUGAUCAAACCUUGGUUCGGUGACCAAUUCUUUUGGUCUGCCCGGGUUACCAAACUUGGAGUCGGCCUCAAAGUGGCGUCGUUGCGAUCAGACGAUAUCGCCAAUGCUUUGAUCAAAGCAACCACAGAUGUGGUGAUGAUCGAGAAAGCGGCAAGAAUCGGUGAGAAGAUCAGGUCAGAGAGUGGUGUGGAUCAAGCACUGCAAGCAAUUCAUCAUAAUUUGAUUAGAGCCGGAAUGGAUAGACGUAAUCUUAAGUGGUCUUCGUAA